AUGUAUUCGCAACAUGAUAUCUAUGAUAACUAUGAUAUUAAUCAUAACAAUUUAUCUCAAACACCUACGCCACCCUUAUCAGCUCCUACUUCUCCAAAUGAUGACUUUACAAUAAGACAAAAAGCAGUCUUUGAGGAUGUCCUUUCGCUUAAAAAUUCUCCUUUCAACACUCUGAACCAUUUCUCCCUUCGCACACCUGUUCAAACACGUCAAUUUUCUCCAAAUAACAAUCUAAACUUUGAUCAUAAUCAACAAACAGAUUAUUUUCUUUCACAACCGAAACUUUCAAGCAAUUCGUUAUUGCAUGAACCUCUUCAAGAAUUCGCUUGGUGUACGAUACAAAACUUUCCACAUGCUUCAACAAUCAUGAGAUAG